AAAAAAAAAAAAGGCAGAAAAAUUCAGAUUAGAGCCACACUGACGUUGUGAAAAAAAAAAAAAAGCCACACUGACGGUAAGGUUCUUUGUAUCGCUAGGUGGAAAUAGAUCCAAGAGUGAUUGUCGAUCAAGUUUUUGUUUGACUUGGUGGAAAUCAAUCCAACUUGUUCAGUGUUAGGAAUCGAUUUCCAAAGUUAUCGUGAAGGUCGAGGAAGGUAUCAACGCGGCUUCCUUCAAAGGGAUGGACGAAGACGAUAAGGAAUACUGGGAAGAAUUGUUGGAGUUCAACCGCCAACCUCGGCCGUCUGGGAGCACCGCCGAUGACGCCGGGGAAGGUAUCAACGCGGCUUCCUUCAAAGGGAUGGACGAAGACGAUAAGGAAAAUCCAUUUAGCAGCCCCUUGGUAUUGAAUGAACAUUUGAAGAAAACGCAGAUUGGUGACGAGAAGAAGCUCAAUAUCCCUGCAGGACAACAACAACAACAACAACAACAUAAUCUCUGCGAGAAAUGUUUGACAACCAGCGAUGACCUGCACCGCCUCGUCGUUACCGCCAACAAGGACGCCUGUAAGUACUUUCCAUUAGCCACUGUCUUCAGAAGCACUGACAACUUCCUUCAGUUAGAGGACGAGGAAGGAAAACCAUGGAUGUUCGAGUUCUCAUACCUUAAAGUCAGUCAAAUUUACGAAUUCACCGAAGCUUGGAGCAGCUACGUUAAGGAGAAGCAGCUGGGAAUCGGAGACUUUGUUUUCAUCCAACGACACCGUACCGUCAGCAGCAGGCUAUCCAUUGGCUUCAGAAGGCGCAACAAUAGUCUUCUGUAUGAGAAUCCAGCACCACUGACUAUGUCCAUUGGGGACGGUGGCUCUGCUCUACAGUCGGAUAAUUUUCAAUGUCAUGAUCCAGCGCCAUCCACCAUAUCCUUCGGGGACGGUGGCUCUGCUCUACAGUCGGAUUUGUGUCAGGAUCCAUUACAGUCGGAUAAUUUUCAAUGUCAUGAUCCAGCGCCAUCCACCAUAUCCUUUGGGGACGGUGGCUCUGCUCUACAGUCGGAUGAUUUGUGUCAGGAUCCAUUACAGUCAGAUAAUUUUCAAUGUCAUGAUCCAGCGCCAUCCACCAUAUCCUUUAUGGACGGUGACGCUCCUCUACAGUUGACUCCCCCAUUCCAGUCGGAUAAUUUUCCAUGUCAUGAUCCAGCACCAUCCACCAUGUCCUUUGAGGACGGUGGCGCUGCUCUACAGUUGGAUCCGUGUCAGGAUCCAUUUCCAUGUCAUGAUCUAGCACCACCAACCAUAUCCUUUGGGGACGGUGGUGCCGCCCCCAGAGACUGCAUUUAUCUUCUUGCGGACUCUGUCACAUCCUCCGAGACACUGGAACAGCCAAGAGUCUCUGGGUAUAGCAUUACAGGGGUUGACCCUAUUUUAGUCAUUUCUUGUGGUUACAACCAGAGCUCUGAAGAGAGAUACUUCAUCAGCUACAUCUUCAACGAGUUACGUCUCCGUGGCUUCGCCCCUCUGGGUUAUGAUCUAUCCAGGAACCCAGUCAAUGGGAAUCAGGAUCUGCUAGACAAGUCACAGCUUGGUAUUAUCAUUUUCUCGAUGAACUAUGUUUCUUCCAGCGAAUGCAUGGAUGGAUUUGUGGCCCUCAUGGAUCAUUCGAAAGCAAACGAGCUUAUGCUCUUUCCUGUCUUUUUUGAAGUAGAAUUUUGUAACGUCAAGGACCAGGCUGGCUCUUUUGAAAAAGCAUUUGCACAAUUUGAGAAUUCAGUCCAGGCAUCCCAAGUUCUGAAAUGGAAGGCGGCAGUCGAGGAAUUAACUUCCACGGAUAGAUAUCAUCAGUAUAAGAAAGGGGACGAGGUUAUGCUUGCAAAGAAUAUUGUUAGAGAUGUCCAAGUCAAUUCGAAAACUGGGAGUAACCUAACAGCAAGUCUGCAGUUAAGUCAUAUAUUGUCCCUGCUGAAUAGUUGGCAAUCUUCAGCUCCACAUAUUGUUGGACUUUGGGGUAUGGCCGGCAUAGGGAAGACUACCUUCUCUAGAGAAAUUUUCAGAACACAAGGUGAGAGAUAUGACGUGUGCUACUUUUUGCCAGACUUUCAUCAAUUGUGUCAAACAAAAGGGCUGAAUCCUUUGCGUGAAGAAUUCUUGUCAAAAAUCUUUGGAGAAGAAAAAGUUUUCAUAGACCCAUGUGGUACAAAACUAAGUUUCACAAGAGAUAGGUUCCGUGAUAAAAAAGUUCUGAUUGUCCUUGAUGGUGUCAGUAAUGCUAGAGAUGCCGAAGUCUUGGUUGGAGGGUUUGGCUGGUUUUCUGGUGGACAUACAAUCAUCUUAACAUCUAGGAAUAGGCAAGUUCUCGUAAAAUGUAACGCCAAAGAGAUUUACGAGAUCAAGAAAUUAUCCGAGUCUGACUCUAUUCAACUUUGCCGCCAGUUUGCCACUGAAAAAAAUUGGAAGGUCAGGAUGUCUUUGAUCGAGGAGCUGGUGAACUACGCUAGUGGCAAUCCACUGGCUCUACGGGCCUUAUGUUCGUCUAUUCAAAAGCAAUGUAUUAGCGAUGAGGAAGAACAUCUGAGUAUAUUACAUCACCAUCCACCAAUCGAGAUUCGUGAUGCAUUUGGAGGGAUCUUUAGCGAACUAGAUGACAACGAGAAGAAUACAUUUCUGGACCUCGCAUGUUUUUUCAAAGGAGAGAAUAAAGAUCAUGUUGUGAACAUACUUGAUGGUUGCGGUUUUCUUACAGAUUUAGGAAUCUCUGGUCUCAUUGAUGAGUCCCUCAUCAGCCUUGUAGAUAACAGGAUAGAGAUGCCUAAUGUUUUCCAAGACAUGGGUCGAUUUGUUGUUCGUCAAGAACACGAAGAGGCAGGCAAGCGUAGCAGAUUGUCGGAUUCUAGUGACAUUGUUGAUGUGCUGACAAACAAUUCAGGAACAGAAAUAAUUGAAGGCAUAUUUCUAGAUGCGUCUGGCUUGAAACUGAAGCUGAGUUCUAAUGUAUUUGAGGAGAUGGAUAGACUUAGAUUGCUGAAGCUCCACUAUCCAACUUCUGAAAACGACUGCAAAGUUUCUCUUCCUGAAGGCCUCCUUUCUUUGCCGGAUGAGCUACGGCUACUCCAUUGGGAAAGAUAUCCUCUAGAGUCCUUACCUGGGAACUUCAAUCCUGAAAAUCUUGUAGAACUGAACAUGCCAUACAGCAACUUGACAAAACUAUGGGAAGGAACAGAGAAUCUUGAGAUGCUAAGGAGGAUCAUUCUGAGUCACUCCCGACAGUUGACUGAUUUCUCAUGGCUUUCAAUGGCUACGAACCUUGAGCAUAUUGAUCUUGAAGGAUGUACGAGUCUGGUUGAAGUUAACUCAUCAUCUAUUCUUCAUCAUCGCAAGCUUACUUUCUUGAGUCUGAAAGGCUGUUCUCAUUUGCGUAUAAUUCCUAGCACAGCUCAUCUAGAAUCUCUUGAAGUUCUUAAUCUAUCCGGCUGCUCAGAGCUCGAGCACCUUGAGGAUUUCUCACCAAACCUGACAAAGAUAUAUCUCGCUGGGACUGCCAUUAAAGAAAUACCAUCGUCAAUAGUGACUCUCACUAGGCUUGUUACAUUAGAUGUGGGGAAUUGUAAUAGACUUCAGCAUCUGCCACCAGAGAUUAAUCUGAAAGCUGUGGUCGGAUUUACACCAUCUCAGCCGGGACAACCUGUGUGCACCUCAUAUUUUCACACUGGAAUCUGCAGUAAGGGUCCUGCUUGUUCUUCUGAUCAUCCAACGUUGUCAACACACAAGAACACAUCAUCCAUUGCUUCCGAGACACAGGUUCAUGUAGAACUAAUUCGUGCUCUUACACAUGAAAAUCCUUCAAGUAAUAACCUUGAGGAAGUAUCAACUAAGAAACCCAGAAUACAUAGGACCACAUCUUUCGUGACUUCCGGGACACUGGAUUUGAAUCAGCAAGAAAUUGAUUUCUCUUUUUUUAAUCAACCAGAAUCGUCGCCCCCGCUUGGAGCUUCAUUAAGUGAGUUCAGUAGGGGUGGGCGUUCAAAUAAGGUUUUUCAGAUUUUCGGAGUUUCUGUUAAUUAUAUGUAAACCCAAUCAUUGAAUAGAAGCAAAAUAAAUACGAUGUACUCGAUUGAUGUCAAUAACACACGAUGGUUCUGACUGAAAGGCAUUGCUAGUGUUAGUGAAAUGGAGUAAAUGUUUUUUCCUGCUCAAUUACUCCAUUUUUAACCAAUCAAGUGAAACAUCUUUUCCACCUAUUUCAUGUAAUCGCUAUUGAAAAAGAGGAAAACACACAUACAUUUUUACUCUAACCCAAACAAGAAUAUACAUUUACUCUAUUUUAUUCUCUAUCUCACUUUUAUUUUUCCUCUGAUUUUCACUUCUCUAUUUUACUCUUGUUUACUCUAAGUUUCCCAUAUUGAAAUCGUAUACUCUCAAGAUCCAAAUAUAAAGACUCACUUUAUUAUAGCUUAAGCUCAACUAAAAGCUUUCUCUCUAAACUCACAAGUUAUGCCACAAGAUUGGCAUCUCCUUAUAUAACUCAUAUAAACUCCUAAACUCAUUAGAAAACAUAUCUUAUGGAUAACUAUCAAUAUUCCUAAACUCAUUAGGAUAGCUUAUAAACCAAGCUAUGUUCAAGCUAAGCCAACAUUCUUUCCCUUAAGCUUGAACUCAUCAUCCCUCAUCUCUUUGAACUCCAAUGAGAUCCCUCAUCUCUUUGAACUUGAUCCUACCAAGUGCUUUAGUUAGAAUAUCAGCUUUCUGGACUCUACCAGCCACAAAUUCCACGUCCACCAAUCCAUCUUCUACACACUCUCUUAUGAAGUGAAACCUUGUGUGAAUAUGCUUGCUCCUCCCGUGAAACACCGGAUUCUUAGAGAGCGAGAUCGCAGAUUUAUUGUCAAUACGAAUGACUGCUUUCUGAGCUCCUCUGUUCAUGAUCUCUUCAAUUAGUUCUUGUAGCCACAAGGCCUGUUUAGCUGUCUCCGUCGCCGCCAUGAACUCUGCUUCACAAGAGGAUAAUGCAACAACCUCUUGCUUUUGAGAACACCAGGUAACAGGGAACUCAUCCAAAUAAAAAACGUGUCCAGUCGUGCUUCUACGAUCAUCAGGGUCUGCAUUGUAACUACUAUCGCUGUAGCCAAUGAUUCCUUUCUUGUUUCCACGCUUGAAAUGCAGCCCGAGUGACAAGUGCCGCGGAGAUAACAUAGAACUUGUUUUAACGCGGCUCCGUGUGAAGUCUUGGGGUCGUGCAUAUAUCGGCUUAGGACUCCCACAGACUGCGCAAGAUCAGGCCUAGUAUGUAUCAGAUAACGAAGGCAGCCGAUGUUUCUUCUGAACUCCUUUUCGUUGACUCCUUCUUCUUCCUCGGCUUUUGACAACUUGAGCCCUUGAUCCAUAGGAACAUGAACAGCAUUGCAUCCCCACAUUCCUGCUUCCUCCAAGAUUUAUCUCUCUUGAUUUAAGAAAAUACCUUCUGUAGUUUGGAUCACUUCGAUCCCAAGAUAGUACGUAAGCUUCCCCAAGUCACUCAUUUCAAAUUUCAUCGCCAUCUCCCUCUUGAACUCUUGAAUAAUGUCUAGAUUAGUACCUGUAACGAGCAGGUCGUCCACAUAUACUGCAACCAACAAAAGACAAUCCUUCGUUUGCUUUCUAAAGAGAGACGGUUCUUUAGAACACUUCACGAAACUAAGCUCCUUAAGUAUUGACUUCAACUUAAUGUUCCAGGCUCUUGGCGCUUGCCGGAGUCCAUAGAGAGCCUUGUGUAACCUAUAAACCUUGUUCUCACUCCCUUUAACCUUGAAUCCCUCAGGAUGCGAGACAUAUACUUCUUCUAAUAGAUCUCCAUGUAGAAACGCGGUUUUUACAUCUAGAUGAUGUAUCUCCCACCCGUUUGAUGCUGUCAACGCUAUAAUAACUCGAACCGUUUCUAUCCUUGCCACAGGAGCAAAGACUUCCUCAAAGUCUAUGCCGUGACGCUGUACGUAGCCUUUAGCUACGAGCCUUACCUUAUACUUCUUUAUGGUUCCAUCUGCAUUCCGUUUGAUUUUGAAAACCCAUUUUAAACCUAUCGCCUUGCAACCAUCAGGGAGAUCGACAAGAGUCCAUGUUUCGUUUUUUUAUUAUCGAAGAGAGUUCGUCUUUGCACGCCUCUCUCCAGACUCUCUCGACUUUUGCUUCGUUCCAAUCCCAUGGCUCCUCAUUGACAAGCAAAAGAAUACGUUAUGUCUCAAGCUCUUCGAGGAACAGAACAUAGUCAUCCAAGUAACUCGGACGUGUUGUUUCCCUAGUUGAUCUUCUCAGAGAAGGUUGUUCUUCUGUUGGCUCGUCAUCUUCAUCGCUAGAAGUUUCCUCUUUAACAAUAACAUCAUCGUUAGCUGAAUCCUUGAUUGCUUCAUCAUCGUUAGCGGCUUCUUCAGUCGCAAUUCUUUCAUUCUCACCAUCAAGACUCGGGUAUGUGAUCAAACUCUGAUCUCAUGUUGCUUCCUUUCCUUUUGUUUCUCAUUCCCAGCUCCUGAGUUCAUCGAAAACAACAUCCCUACUGACGACCGCUCUGCGCACCUUUGGGUCAAAUAAGCGAUAAGCUUUUGUUCAUGGUUCAACAUCAAGAUGCACCAACACUCGAGAUCUAUCGUCUAGUUUCUUUAGAUGUGGAGCUUCAGUUUUUGCGUAGCAGACACAACCGAAAACACGUAAGUGACCCACGUUUGGCUUCUUCUUCUUAAGACUCUCGUAUGGAGUCUGUGUUUUCAAGGUUCUUGUUGCUACCCGGUUGAUCAAGUAUGUUGAAUGUCUGACUGCCUCACCCCACAACCAAUUUGGCACUUUCAUUUGCUUCAUAAUGCUUCUUGUCAUCUCCAUUAAUGUCCUAUUACGUCUCUCUACGACUCCGUUCUGUUGUGGUGAGUACGUAGCUGUUAGAUGUCGCUGUAUCCCUUGACUCUUGCAAUAGGCUUGGAACUCGGAAGACGUGAAUUCACCACCUCGAUCUGUUCGGAAGGUUUUGAUUCUUUCUCCAGUUUCUUGCUCGACAAGAUUCUUAAAUGCUUUGAACUUGACAAAUGCCUCGCUCUUUUCUUUCAUUAGGAUUGUCCACAUGUAUCUGGAAUGAUCAUCAAUCAGAACAAAUACAUACCUAUUACUUGCUGCGGUUGGAGGUGAGAUGGGUCCACAGAGGUCUCCGUGAAUGAGCUCCAGAACGUUGGUGGCACGGUACGUCGUUGCUUUGGGAAAUACUCGACGCGUUUGUUUUCCCAGAAGACAGGAGGCACAUGUUUCUUUCUCAAUAGAUAUUCUCGGAAUACCUGUGACAAUGUCUCUGCUUAUCAUUGUUUUCAUGGUGUCGAUGUUUACAUGUCCGAGUCUUGCAUGCCACACAGCCGAUUCAUCUUCCUUCGAGGCCUGCAAGCACCUAUUGUUCUCCACGUCCAUGGCCACUUUGUAGAAUCGGUUCUUAGAUCGAACUGAUUUGAUCAAUAUGUUGCCGUCACGAUCGUAUAGAGUCAAGUAAUCAUCUUUCAUUCUUACAUCACAACCAGCCUCCGUUGCUUGACCAAGACUGAUAAUAUUACUUCUUAGAUCCGGAAUGAAGUAGACAUCAGAUAGUAUUUUCUUCUUGCCAUCCUUACUAGCACAAAGAAUUGAUCCCUUUCCUUUUAUAUCUAUCCUGGAGUCAUCACCAAACCUAACUUUCCCUGUGAUUUUUUCAUCAAUCUUAGUGAAAUAAUCACGGUUUCCAGUCAUGUGAUUACUUGCCCCGUUGUCCAAAUACCAUAUGUUGUCUUUAUCGGAAUGAGACUCGAACCUACUUGGCAUAACGUUCUCUUCGUUGAGAUACACUACUUCAUGCAUCAUUAACUCCUCUGCUUCUCGUGUGCUUUCGUUUUCAUUCUCUUGUGUUUCUUGGAGUUUAAGUAAACGAUCAGGGCAAUCGUAAACAUAAUGCCCUGUUUUAUCACACCGAUAACAUACGACUUUAGACGCAUCUCUCCCCUGUCUCCAAUCACGCUAAUUAUAUCUACCACGCCUCCUUCCUCGAUUGUUGUUGUAACGUCCUCUGCCUCUACCAUAGCUGCCCUGCGGAUUUUGACUUUGUGAAUCCAUGUUCGUAUACAUAAGCUUUCCUUGCUCUUCCUCUUGAUCACUAUCUUGAAUCCGUUCUUCAUAGGCUUUUAACCUACCGAUGAUGUCUUCAAACGUCGUUGUAUUCAGGUUCAAGACUUGUUCCAGCGCAGCUCUGAUAUGGAUGUACUUCUUUCGUGGGAGACUGCUCAAAAACUUCUUCACAAGCCUGGAUUCUUCGAUAUCUUCACCUAGGGCUGAUGACUUGGAAGAUAACUCAGCAAGUUUCCCAGAGAACUCAUCAAUGGUUUCUGAUUCCUUCAUCUUCAAUCUUCCGAAGUCUUCCAUUAAGGUUUGUAGUCUCGCCUCACGAACUCUAUCUGCUCCCACAUGCCUAGCUUUUAUCGCUUCCCAUACGUCUUUUGAGGUAUCCAGGUUGCCAACGGUUAGUAUUAGGGUUUCUGGUAUUGAUUGAAAGAGAAGUGCUCGAGCCAUGUCGUUUUUUUUGACCUCAUUCACUCCUGGUUCUAUCGCUUCCCAGGCUUUAUGUACCUUAAGUGUCGCCUUCAUCCUCAUGCUCCAUACCGUAUAGUUUGUAGUUGUAAGCAUUGGCCAUUGAAUUGACGAUGAAAUUCUCUCCUUUGCCGUAGGUGUUGUUGCUGCUAUUAUAUCCCCCAUGUUUUAUCUUCUCACUAAUAACUCUGUUUCACAAAUUUGGAUGCUUUUGAACCGAUUUCAAUAGAAGCUCUGAUACCAAUUAUUGAAAUCGUAUACUCUCAAGAUCCAAAUAUAAAGACUCACUUUGUUAUAGCUUAAGCUCAACUCAAAGCUUUCUCUCUAAACUCACAAGUUAUGCCACAAGAUUGACAUCUCCUUAUAUAACUCAUAUAAACUCCUAAACUCAUUAGGAAACAUAUCUUAUGGAUAACUAUCAAUAUUCCUAAACUCAUUAGGAUAGCUUAUAAACCAAGCUAUGUUCAAGCUAAGCCAACAUCCCAGUCAUACACGAUAUCUCUCUCUUUCCCACUUGUAACUGAAAAGCUACAACUCAUAUUCGCAAUCUACAUACAGUCUAAAGGCCACAUCACGUGCACGAGUAACGGAUCCUUUAGCUAGUAGCUUAUUCUUCUGCUUCUAGAUCAACUCAUGUGAUCCUUAUCAUGUACAGGCUUGGGUCUUGGUCAUUUCAUGGGCCAUUUUUGUAACAUUUCGAUUUUUAUUAUAUAGGUGGAAAAGUUUAGAGAAUUGAUUUGCCUAUCUAUCUUUUCAGUCAACCAUCCAUUUAAAACUCCAGAGUUAAGCGUACUUGGGCUGGAGUAGUGGUGAUUGCAGGGUCAGUAAACGUGAUUUCGAACCUCCUAAGAAUUUAUGGAUCUGUCAGAGAAAUUUGUUUAUUACGCUAAAGGACAUCCGUUAGCUUUUAACUUGUUAGGUUCAGGUCUACGUCACAAGGAAAAAACAUUCUAGAAACAGAAACGGGAGAGGUUAAGGGUAGUGCCAGACAAGGAGAUUCAGAAAGUGCUAAAAGUGAGUUAUGACGCAUUAGAUGAUGAACAGAAGAGAUAUUUUUGGACAUAGCAUGCUUUUUCAGGUCGGAGAAAUCAAAUUUCAUUUCGAGCAUCCUGAAGUCAGAUCGUGUCGAUGCUGCAUCUGUGAUGAGGGAUCUUGAAGACAAGUGUUUCUUAAAUGUUUCUUAUAAUCGGCUUGAGAUGCAUGAUCUAUAGUAUACAAUGGGUAAGGAAAUUGGAUAUGAAUCAUCUGUAGAAAGGGAAGGAAAACGUCCUAUAGGUUGUGGAACCACAAAUAUAUUCGCCAUGUGCUGGAUGAGAGCACGGGAACUGGUUGUGUUAGAGGCAUUUUCUUGAACAUGUCUAAAGUCGAAAGGAUCAAGCUAAGUCCUGAUGUUUUCAUGAAGAUGUCGAAUCUCAAAUUCCUGAAAUUCCACUAUUCUCAUUGUUCCCAGUGGUGUGAUAACAAGCAUAAAAUUCAGUUCUCUGAAGACCUUGAUCAUUUUCCGGACGAGCUUGUGUAUCUUCACUGGCAGGGGUACCCUUACGAGUACCUGCCAUCAGAAUUUAAUCCAGAGGAACUUGUUGAUCUCAGUCUCCGUCAUAGCUACAUCAAACAACUGUGGGAAGAUGAGAAGGUGCCACAGAAUACAGAAAAAUUAAGAUGGGUUGACCUCAGUCAGUCACAAGGCUUGCUGAAUCUAUCAGGUAUGUCGAGGGCCAAAAAUCUUGAAAGAUUGGAUCUCGAAGGCUGUAAGAGUUUGGUUUUGUUGGGCUCAUCAAUCGAACAGAUGAACAAACUAAUUUACCUGAACCUCAGAGAGUGCACUAGCCUUGAGAGUCUUCCGGAGGUAAUCAAUUUGAAGUCUCUAAAGACUCUGAUCCUCAGUGGCUGCUCAAACCUUCAGGAGAUUCGAAUCAUAUCAGAAAAUAUUGAGUCCCUUUACUUAGACGGCUCAACCAUAGAACGCGUUGUUGAACGCAUUGAGAGUCUUCGCAACAUUAUUUUGCUGAAUCUCAAGAAUUGUUGAAGGUUGAAGUGUCUUCCCAACGAUCUUUACUAGCUGAAAUCUCUUCAGGAACUGAUUCUCUUUGGCUGCUCAGCUCUGGAGAGUCUUCCACCCAUCAAAGAGGAGAUGGGAUGCUUAGAGAUUUUGCUUAUGGAUGGAACUUCCAUCAAACAGACACCUGAAACGAUUUUUUUGAGUAACCUGAAGGUGUUUUCGUUCUGUGGAUCUAGCAUCGAAGAUUCCACAGAGUUGGCGUUGUUGCCUUUCUCAGGCAACUCUUGUCUUUCGGACCUCUAUCUGACGAAUUGCAAUAUCUACAAAUUGCCGGACAACUUUAGUUCCUUACACUCGUUGAGGUCUCUAUGCUUAAGCAGAAACAACAUUGAGACUCUACCUGAGAGCAUCGAGAAACUUCAUUGUCUGUUGUUUCUUGACUUAAAACAUUGCCGCAGGCUCAAUUCUCUCCCGGUGCUUCCACCUAAUAUACAGUGUGUAGAUGCUCAUGGGUGUGUUUCUCUGGAAAAAGUUGCAAAACCAGUGACAGUUCCCCUAGUAACUGAGAGGAUGCAUACUACUUUCAUUUUUACGGAUUGCUUCAAACUGAACAGAGCUGAACAAGAAGCUAUUGUAGCUCAGGCCCAACUCAAGAGUCAGCUACUGGCAAGGACAUCUCUUCAACAUAAUCAUAAGGGACUAGUUCUGGAUCCUCUGGUUGCCGUUUGCUUCCCAGGAAGUGACAUACCCUCAUGGUUCUGCCAUCAGAGUAUGGGAUCUUCGAUUGAAACCAACCUCCUUCCUCACUGGUGCAACAAUAAAUUUAUUGGAGCUUCCCUAGGUGUUGUUGUCACCUUCAAGGAUCACGAAGGUCGUCAUGCAAACCGUUUAUCUGUAAGGUGCAAGUGCAGAUUUCAAAAUCGAAACGGUCAGUCAAUCAGAUUUAGUUUCUGUCUUGGGGUAUGGAACGAGUCAUGUGGAUCAUCUUGCCAUGAACCACGGAAACUUGGAUCUGACCAUGUGUUUAUUAGCUUUAACAACUGUAAUGUGCCAGUCUUCCAAUGGAAUGAAGAGAGUAACGACGGUAAUAGAUGUCGUCCCACUAGUGCCUCAUUUGAAUUCUACCUUACUGAUGGCACUGAAAGGAAGCUAGAAAGGUGCAAGGUGACAAGGUGUGGGAUGAGUUUGCUAUAUGCUCCAGAUGAGAAUGACCGUGGGUUCCAGGGAACUCGGGUUACAGAUACUGUUGAGCGUACAUCGAGUGAAGCUUUUGUACCCAUAAGAGGUCGGUCACACUCGCAAGUUGGAGAAAGAAGGAAUGGUAGAAUGAGAGAUGAAAUCCCCUUAUGAGUGUUUACUCCAAGACUGGAGGUUCUUGGUCUUGAGACCAACGAAAGGAACUUGAAGACGUUGCAUUACUUUUCAGACCCUUUGGAUUUUCAAAGAAGAGCUCUAUCUACUAUCUGGCUAAAGUUUGACGUCAAGCUUUUCCUUGGAUCUGAUUGUUAUUUGAGGAUGAUUGAUGAGGUCGUCACUUUACUGCAACUUUGUUCUGCUUCCAAAAUACAAAACAGAGUAUGGUUCUCUAUCUCUGUUUCUCCCUUUACAUGGCAUGCAUGUUCAGUUGCUUGAGCUUGGUGGAACCACAGCCAUUGGUCUACAAAGUUCCAUGUUUUGAUAAGGUGUUUGCAUAAAAAUGUAUGUGCUCACUGCUCAGUGUUGAAGGAAGUAUGAAGAAAGUCGCGAGAUAAGUCCACAUUGUCGAGCCAUUAUUUGUUUGUUCUGUGGUUGAUUAAAGAAACUUGUAUGUUUGAUGAUUGUUGGUAUAUGUAAUUUGUGGUAUAGAGAUGAUUGUUGUUUGAAGCAUAAGGAAUGAGUGCUUGUUAGCUACUAAGUUAUCUGUAUUCAUUCUAUGACAUUAGACUCAUGGAUUUGGCUUGCCACGAAAGUGUGGAUGUUUA